CUUUGGGUGAUGCUGAGCACAUGGACCCGCUGCUGCUCUGACUCAGCAGGUCAACACUGAACCCGUCACUGACUGCAGCCCAUGCUCUUCUUCCAGACGUCCGUCGCCAUGAAGACUCUGCUCCUCGUCUCCGUGCUCCUCUGUGCUGCUCUGAUGGGCCAGGCUGCCACAGUCGCUCCAGGUGAAGCUGUUGCUGUACAACAGGAGGACGAACCUGCACCACACUCAGAUGCUGCUGACGGCCCUCCUUUUCUACCUCAAGUUCGAGUUCAGUUCUGCCUGGAUGGUUGGCUCAGUUUCCGUGGUAACUGCUACUUCCUGGCCAACCACGUUGAAACGUGGGGCGGUGCUGAGAGGUUCUGUGCUGGCUUCCAGGCCAACCUGGCCUCAGCCCACAACGUCUUGGAGCAGAACUUCCUCCAGCGUUUGGUCAAAACUGGUGGUCACUCCUUUGCCUGGAUUGGAGGCUUCUACUUCCAGAAUUUCUGGAGAUGGGAGGACGGCUCAGUGUUCAACUACCAGAACUGGUACUCACUGAGCUCCCCGGAUCGUCUGCAGUGCGUCCAGCUCAACUCUCAGGAGUCCAGGGGCUGGUCCAGUCAAAGCUGUACCACGCGUUUCCCCUUCGUGUGUCAGAUGAACCCAGAUUGUUAGUUACUGCAUGUGUUGGGUCAGCGACAGAUACUGAACUGUUUGUCUUCGUGUUGGAUCUGCCUUAAUUAAUAAAUGUUUUAUUACUGA